ACCGACCUAAAAACAAAAACGGUAACAUUUUAAGAAAACAUACAAAAUAAUCUUGUACCUUUCUCACGUUAACGUGAACAAUAGAAAAGUACUACAGUUCCUUUCAAAAGAAAAACUGCGGAUUUACCUUUGAUCAAAAACAGGCGACUGUUUGAUGUCAAAACGGCGUAAAACUCCUAACAAUAAUCCCUUGCGACCUUUUCCAAUAUUCAAGGACAAACAACUAAAAUCCAUUUCUUUUUCAGGAGCCAACAAUGAAAAUCACAACUCCGGAACUACACACGAGAACUCCCGAACUACAAGCAAACAUGACCUGAAAAAAAUGUGAAACAUGAAAGUGGAUAUCGUCUUCGAACCAGACAAUUUUACUUUGGACUCAGCCGACCUAUCAACAUCCAUGUAUCUCACCGAUAUUUACGUCAACAAAACUUUGGAAGUGAACGAAACGACGAAUGACUUAGUGUACUCAAAUCAAUUCGAAGAUGACCCGCUAAUAGUGUUUUUGGUCAUACUAAAAUGUCUUAUAAUGCUCUUCAUAAUCCUAGCAGCGAUUUUCGGCAAUUUGUUAGUCAUAGUAUCAGUUAUGAGACACAGAAAAUUACGAGUGAUAACGAACUACUUUGUAGUAUCUUUAGCUUUGGCUGAUAUGCUAGUAGCCAUUUGGGCAAUGUGUUUUAACUUCAGUGUAGAAAUCACUAAUGGAGAAUGGCUAUUCGGUUAUUUUAUGUGCGAUGUAUGGAACUCUCUGGAUGUAUAUUUUUCGUCAGCUUCUAUAUUACACCUUUGUUGCAUCAGUGUGGAUCGAUACUACGCAAUAGUCCAGCCUUUGGACUACCCUUUGAUAAUGACGACAGCGAAACUUGGGAUUAUGUUGGCAGUAGUCUGGUGCAGUCCAGCUCUGGUCUCCUUUCUCCCAAUCUUCAUGGGUUGGUACACCACAGAAGACCAUUUGAACUUUAGAAAGAGGUUCCCAAAUGUGUGCAGUUUUACCGUGAAUAAAGUGUACGCUGUGAUCUCGAGUAGUGUAAGUUUUUGGAUACCUGGGGUCAUCAUGCUGUAUAUGUACUACAGGAUUUAUUUGGAAGCUGAAAGGCAGGAGAGGAUGUUGUACAGGAGUAAAGUAGCAGCACUACUCCUGGACAAACACCUACAAAUCAACGGGAUCUCCAUGGGCGAGGUGAUGCGGGAGAGGCAGAGCAUACAGAUGCAGCCCAUGGCGAGCAGCAAGAUGAAGAGGGAGAGGAAAGCUGCCAGGACUUUGGGGAUCAUCAUGUCUGCCUUCUUGGCGUGUUGGCUGCCAUUCUUUUUAUGGUACAUAAUCACAGCUCUCUGUGGCGACGCGUGUCCCUCUCCCCCGCCGGUCGUGGCGGCAGUCUUCUGGGUGGGCUACUUCAACUCGGCGCUGAACCCGCUCAUCUACGCGUACUUCAACAGGGACUUCAGGGCAGCUUUUAGGAAAACUCUGGAUUCUUGUUGCAGGUCGCUCUGCGGAGACAUCGCCCGUCGCUACUGUUGUCAACGCACGCGCCGCGAGCAGCAUCACUCCAACGCCUCAUCAGACAUACACAUGAACAACUGCGUCAAGUCCACAUCAGCUGAUGUGUUACGGGCCCAUCACGCGUCGUGUUCGCGGCCGGAGGAGAUCGUGUUCGCGACGUAAGCUGUU